AGACUCUGUUUUUUGAGUCUUCUGAAGGUGCAUCUUCUGAAGAACCUUCAGAAGACCCGACAAACUUUAAUGUUUUUGUUGCGCGCCGCCAACUAAAAACGUCACUUUUUGUAAAAACGCGCAGAAAAAGCCUUCAGAUAGAUCUUCAGAAGCUUCGGAGCCUUUUAUGUCAGAGCGCAGAUUUGUUCUCUGCGCGCCAAAAACAGUUGUGUUUUUUUUUUGUAAAUGUAACAAAUGUUAUGAAUGGGCGUGGUCAAGCAUUUCUAAUUUGUUGUUGAGGAUUUUUUCAUAGCGGUGGACCACAGAGCACAACGAAAUCGGUGCUGUUUUUUCCUUUUCUUCCCAGAAUCAACGCACUCCUUCCCAGAAGCAACGUACGUUUGUCGUCUGAGUGGUAAAUAACAACAAGUGCACUAAUUUUGCAUCACAAGUUGCAGAUGCAGACCUCUGUUGUUUUUUAAUUGCGCUCAGUAUACAUUACCUGCAUGGCAAAACUUGUUUUUUCACGAAAGGAAGCUGUUAUCGCAUGACAGAGAUGCAGCGAACAAGCUCGAGGCUAUUGAAUUACCAUUACAGAGAGCAACCAAUUUACAAAAAGCAUCUUUUUGCAUUGCUACUCGUCCUCAUCCUUAAGUAGAACACAACUGAAACAGAGGCUCUCAUCCUUAAGCAGGAUCAACAUCGCUUCAUCUAGCUUAAAAACUACAGCAUCCGCAUUUAUAAACGAGCAAUCAAUUAUUUCGCCUAACUUAACUGUGGCUGUGCUGCAGUUCUACCCAAAAUUUUAAACGCGAAGUCUUCUGACUUUUGGCGCAAAAACUUUUGGCGCAAAAACUUUUUUGGUCAACAAGACCAACUACCUUCUUCUAUCGAGCAUUUUCAUCUUCAGAGAACAGGUUUUAUUAUUAAACUCAUACCAAAGCAGUACUUCUACAGCAGCAUGUUGAAAAUGACGCGUUUCUUGAACAACCACGGCUGCAACUAUUUCGUUGCUGCGGCGGGUCUGGGCGUGGGCCUGCUUCUGCAGCAAGAGCAACUGCUGUCCCCCUUCGGCGUCGUGGUGCGGGCGGCUUUUCCUGCUCCGCGCGAUUUUUCCCCCGGGCGUAGUAGUUUGUCCAUCGAACAGGAGGAUGACGUCAACAGUAGGGCACUUGUCUGGCUAAACGAGAAUACUACCGAAAGUUUCUUGCAGAGUCUGCGAGACGCGGUGUUGAAGGGAACGUACAAUAAAGAAAAAAAAGCACUGAUGUUCGCAACCAACAUGCCUUCUACGUACCAAAGCAGUAAGCCGCCGGCCGGGGAGGUCAAACAAGCGUUCCAAAAGUGGCUGGCAAAGGAUGGCUUGCAGAGUGAAUUGCAGAGCCUCUUCCAGCACAACACGACCUCGACGUCCUCCUCGUCCGCUGCUUCUGCAUCUGCUUCCCUCGCCGCAGGACCGCCAAUGUCGUUUGGCCCGGCGGGAGUUCGUGGUGGUCCGCCGAUGAAGGAUCUUCAACGGAAGAAAACCACGUCACCAGGAGGUCCGGUGUCCGUCGAGGAAGCGAUAGCGCGAAUCUUGCAGGCAACUACUGCGCAGGAUGGAGGUGCUAGUACUGCAGCUACACCUCCGGAGGAACAAGCGGCGGUUAUCUUGGACGUGAGCGAAGCUUUAGCAGAAGUGAAGAAACAGCUCACGGACGCGGCGGUUAUGAGUAGCAAAGUCGACGAGUUUCUGAGUCUGGCGGAAAAGCAAAUGAAGACGGUCCAGCGCACCGUGCAUCCGGACCGGUUCGCAAUGUGGCUGCUCCGCAGUAAAAAGAGUGAUGGCGCUGGUGGAGCAGGCGGCGAGGAAGCAGUCUCGUUGCAACCAGAAGACUUCACUCGCGCGUCCCAGGCCGUGUUGGAUGCUCUGGAAACACUGAAACGGUGGGGAAACCAGAAAAAGGCAAGCGCCGGUCCCGCCACGCAGAAAGCCCACGCCCUCGCGCAGCGUUUGCUGGGACACGACAACGGUGAGGCGUUUGCAACCCAAAUGAAGCACCUCUUGGAAGGCCGGAGCGUCGAGGAAGUCUCUUUCGGGCCCUACCGGGGCCAAUUUCCGUUUAACGAGUUUGAAUUUUUCCACCGGAACGCGCCGUUCGAGCGCCUGGAAGCCGCCGGCGUGGACUGGUUUCGGGCGUCGGCAGUCGUGAACGGAGAGAUGUCAGUGUUGUUAGAGGAAGUGACCCGAGCCGGCUUGAAUUUGGACGAAGUUGCCGUGUUGGACGAGAAGGGCCGGCCACAGAGAGCCUACGACCUAAGUGGCAACGAAACGGUCCUCGUCGACAACGCCAAGUAUACUUCCGCCCGCCUUGAAAAAUUUGACGCCGAGAACCAACAUGACGAGGAGAUUGGUCAUCCAAUUCGCGUAAAGGGGGUGCGGGUGCUGUAUAAUGUAGUUGACCCUAUUACUACAAGAACCGCCUCAGUUGUCGAGGAAGAUGUUGCUCAUGUUGACACAACAAAGCAUCGAGCUACUCCUCCUCUUUCAAAAGCCAAGGUCCAAAUCCGAGUUCAAGAGAAAGCAACGGGCGUUUUCCGAGAGAACCCCUUCGGCGCACCCACCAAAAAGGCGAAGUUCCCGGCGGUAGACGCGUGGCUGGACCUCGACGACGUUUCGUUUGCCAGGAAAGAGACGGAAGGCGCCGUGCGCAAGCUGUGCGACAUGCUCAAUGGGCUGAUUUCCGUGACGGAAGACAACCUGAAACUGGUCGGCGCCAUUGGUUCGACGGAAUUGAUGAAAACAAUCGGAGACUCAGUGGGGCUUGGCGCGAUUGGUGAUGCAGCUUCAACGAGAACAAAACGUCGCAGCCGGUCGCCGACAGGUCGCGAACGGUCCUCCUCGUCGCGCGGCUCGCGCCGUCGCUCAUCUCGCAGCAGGUCGGCUUCCCCCGGACAAAAAAACGAACGGGCCGCGCAGCCUGCGACGUCCUCGAACGCCUUGGCCCUGUCGGCGCAAGAGGUCGAAGCGCUCACAAAGCAAGCGGAAGAGGAGAAACUGCAGAACCUGAAAAACGACGGCGAGCAGGGGUUCCGGAAAGGAGUUUUUUUCCGGUUGCCUGCAGCUGCUUCCCCUUCCGACGUGAAGCAGGUUCGCGACAUUCUCCGCGAGGGGAGCCAGGACUACAUGGGGAAGGUGUGCCAGGUGACGUCGUGGGUUGUGAGGGAGAAGAGGUUUAUGGGGCAAACCAUCACUACGGUGAGGUUUGACUGCUUUAUGGACGAAAAGCAGCAGCACAAGGGGGAAUAUUCCUCGUUUUCCGUUGAUGAAGAUGAAAAGCUCGACAUGCUGCGGCGCCUGGUCACCUUCAUUGACAACCCCGCCCCCGCGGCGAUGCCGCGGUUCAACCCGGACGGAACGCGCGCCCUCGCGGAUGGAGUCCGUUUUCUGAGUCUGAGCGGCUAAAAAUAGCUGCAGAUCGGUCCCGGCGUUCUUGUCGGGGUCCCCUCAGGGUGGUCAUGCAUGGAAACAAAGAAUGGCUAUGGACGAGCAUGACAGAGGCACGGUCUGUCAUCUUUCAGCUAAGUAAAGUAAACAGAACGAAGUAAAGAUAGAAGAUGGGGAUGCGCAUUUAGUACAUAAACUUAAACAUGUUGGAGAAGCUUUGUCAUGCGCCGCCUAGAUGAAAGGGCGAGCGAAGCUGGGAGCGUUGGUUUUAUGCGUCGCAAAUCAAUUUUCAAUCUGCCGCUCCUAUAUGAUCGGCGUCCUGAACGCAAAGGCCAAAAUCGUCAGCACUGUAAAGGUCACUAUUCAUCGAGCAACCCAAUCUCAAAAUUAUUUUUUUUUUUCUGUACAGAAAAGCCGCGGAAUGAUGUAUUCGGAAGGUUUUUCCUAAAUGUGCCUUCUUCAGUUGUGGAGGAGAAUUACAUCUACAGUUAGAACACUUUCAGAGCCUAGCGUCGAGGAAGAAGAAUUGAUGCUACAACAACAUUUGGAUUCGCAACGGCUACAGUACUUCUUACACUCUUCUUUCUACUUACAAAAGUAGUCACUAUAUGCUAUGUACCCUCGUGAUGAAAACCCUUCACCGAAAUUUUCCCUUUUUUCAGGAGAUGACUAUAGGGAUAGACUUGCGUCGAGCUCGACCCAACAUGGCGCAAAGAAGGCGUUUGCCGAAGCAUAAGCAGCAUCUUUUUGAAGCAUGCGCAAAGUAUUUUUGUUGAACGUUGUUGAGAGAGACAUUUUGAACCUCCUUAUUUUGAGACUUUUUCUACGUACUUACAUGUUUUGAGCUAGCUGCUGCUUUGAAGCUUCGAUUUUCGACCUUCAACUGCCCCGCCAAAUGAAAUGGAUGCGUCUGACAUUCCUCCUCCGUUGAGGGGACGUCGAAGUUGUACCAAGUCAGACUUGGCACAACUUGCUAGUGGAAGAAAGGUCGUCUUCCAAAAUCAAAAUCAAUGUCGGAGGUGGAGGCGUCGGCACUAACUUUCAAGAAGGGCACUCCAAAGACCAGUUUUUUACAAAAAAGGAUUCUCUACCCCAAGACAACAUGCUGCGCACUAUAUAGAAAUGGAAGAUGUAUGAUGAUGAUAGUGAUGAUGUGAGCUAGCAUCGCUAGCGAAAACAAAUGAAGGCGUCGAUGAUGCUACAGUAAUGGUAGUGCAGAGUG